UCCAACUUUCAGUCAAGGAAGAGGGAGAUGGGUAUCCUUAAUCACAUUGCUUUGAUAAGCGCAGCUUUUGUUAUCCUACAAACUCGUUGGUCAAGUAGUUGGCCUAUGGAUCCAACCCUUGGCUUCCUACGACUCCCACUAAACAAAUCCAACUUUCACGUCCAAAAACCAUAUGAUUUGCAAGAAAGUGAGCGCUACAGCUUUAAACAUGGAGUGCACAAGAUGUGGGUAUACUUCACGGACAAGCCCCUCUAUCGUAAUAGUCCUACCCAUCCUCGAACUGAGAUCCGAAUAACGGGAUACGAUUAUUCUUCGGGUGUAUGGCAAUUCGAAGGAUACGGGUAUGUACCAUGUGGAACAGCCAAUGUCACCAUAAUGCAAGUGUUUGGGGGAAGUCCUCAUGCAACAACGUUUAUGCUUAGAGUUGGCCAAAAUGGUACCCUUACAUAUUAUAGGAGUGCUGUUUUGGCUUCAAACAUGUACGACAGGUGGUUCAGGCUUAAUGUGAUCCAUGAUGCCAAUGCUUCGCAUUUAAAGGUUUAUAUUGAUGGAGUUCUCAAGUUUGAGGCACCUGGUCGGGGAGGGACCUCGCAUUAUUUCAAAUGUGGUGUCUACUCGCAGCCAGAUGGUUCCUACUACAUGGAGUCUCGUUGGAAGGGAAUCAAAGUACUCAAGAAAUGUGGAUGAUUGGUGCCUAAGGGUCUACAGAACCUUGAUGACGUGCUGGUUGACUUGACGCCUCAAUUUACAUGCAUGCAAGUGAAAUAUUAUGUCGAUUUACGUUUUAUUUUUGCUGAGUUUGUGAAAUGUUAUAUUUUGUAAGAAUGACACUACUUGAUUCUUCCCACUUUGCAUGCUAGUGGUGACACUCACCACUCCAUGAUUACCGUU